AUGGUUAAUGAGCUUCGUUUAUGUGGAAAAGCCCUCUACGCCGGGCAAUACACUGGAAAACACGCCAACGAUUGUGAAUUGGUCCAUUGCGGCGGCGACUACGGCGAGAACAUGGGGAAGCAGAAACCAGUGGACCCGUUGGAGGCGAUAGUGUGGAAAGGGAUUGUUCGAUUGGGGUGUGCUCGUGUGGAAUGCAAUAAUGGCGAUGUUUUUGCAAUUUGUUCUUAUGACCUGCCGGGGAAUUACAUCGGCGAGAGGCCUUUUGGCGACAAUUAUGGAUGGUUUAAAAAGUUUUCGAAAGAAUUAUAG